AACUAGAAUAAUUGGUGAAUCCCGUGAAAAUCUCAUAUUAUUGAUUGAUUUCAAGUAUCAUCUCAAAAAAGUUGUAUCAAGGUUGACUCGUUUUCAUUUUGUGAUCCAUCACUCAUUUGGUUCCCAACCUUCGGUGAAUUUUCAAAUAAAUAGUGAGAUGUCCACAGUGAGGAAGUGAAGCAGCAGAAGCACGGUCGGCUCCUGGACGCAGAGUCCUAGACGUAAGCGUGGGGCUGGCGGGGGCAUCUGGCCCCGUCGCCGCGUCCCGUUCUCUGCUUGGUUUCAUGUGUCUCGUAAGUAAGAGACGAUAGCACUUGGAAAAAUAAGACCUGGAGAGGUUACGGGUGCAGAUGCUCUUCAGUCUGGUUGGGCUAAAAUCCACGCAGAGGUGCAACAGUCGGGAAGCUGACAUCCCAGCGUUAACUUGACAUUUUCCAUUUCCAUGUUCCUUUGGGGAUUUACUAGCACGAUCUUGGGCAAGGGGUUUAAUUUCCCGAGUCUCAGUUUCCACCUCUCUCAAGUGAGGUUAAUACGGGACCUUCCUCCCAGGUCUGUCGUGAGCAGUGAAUGAGAGAAUUUCCGUGGAGUCAUGCACGGCCGAGGCCGGAGGGAUGCCUUCCAGAAAUCUGCACUGGUCCUAAUCUUUCUGCCCCUUACGCCGUUUUCACUAGUCUUUAUUUUCAGAGUGGCCUCCGAAACUCCCUCAUCAUCUCCUCAUUUUGGCCCCUUCCUCUAGUCCAGCAGUGACUCAGGACACCGCGGCCAUGUGGGGCUGUGCGUGCGGCCAUCAGGCUCUCCUGAGAGCGGGGCGUGGCCGCCCCUCAGCGGGCUUCCAUCGAGGUCAGGACGCAGACGCAGUCCAUUUCGCCUGUUCUGCUGACUUAGUAGCUCCCAGCAGCAACCUUGUUUAACUCGGUUAAACACCAGGAACGUGUGGCUUCAGAAAGGAAGUGCCUUAGUGAGGAGGCCCGGCCCAGCUGUCGACGGGAAAUCCUUCCUGCCACUGACAACCAGGCAGGCAGAGGACCCCACGGCUGCUGCCGGCUCUGACCUCGAGCUGCUAAAAGCGCCCCAUCUCUCUCUUCCAGGCGGCGCUGGGCGUCCAGGUAAUCAGGGUGGCAGCUGUCACAGGCGGGCCCCUGAAAUUGCACAUGCUGUAUCCGUCCAUUGAUUUUUGAAAUGAACUCCAGCUGCUUUCUGAGGAAGUUCAGACCAUGACAUGACAGCUGAUGGCCACGUAGUUUAAAGAUAAAACAGAAACAACUGCGUGCUCGUUUUGAGUACAGUCAGCACCCUCUCGUUUGUCCGACUUGCACAAGAACGGAGCCACUGUUGUCCUGAGCCAUCUGCCUGCCGGAGCCGUGACAGCGAGACGGGAGGGUCUGAUGGGGUCACCGCGCGGCUCCGGUCAUCGAGGUGUCUCCUUGGAGAGCGAGCCGGCCACUGAGAACAUUCUGGGCUGGCGAACCUCAUCAUUAUCUUCAAGGCUGUUUUAGAUAAUCUCGUAAUGGAGGAAAAUGUUCAAUUUCUGGGCUGUGAGGGUGGAAGAAGGUAGGGCCAGGAGGCUCACGGUGGGCCUGACAUCCACGACGGAGGCGCCGGACUCCGCAUCUCCUUACGUUACCCCUUGUUGAAGACAAGCUAGGAAACGGGGUUCGUGGAAUCUCAUAGCAACCUGGUAGGGAAGUUGGUUUGUGUCUGGCAGGGGCCUAGACUUUGGAGAGAAAGAAAAAGAUAAGAGCUGGUCACGCCCUCAGCAAGCCUGCAGCUCGUGGACAGACAGGACUGAAACACGCAAAAUCCUCAGAGACCUUUGAAAAUAAGUGGCGUGCUGGGUGGCUUGGAGUCAACGUGCAGAGGGAGGUUCAGGGAAAGGAGGGAGCUCGUGGCCUUCGGGGUGAGAGCUGGUGGGGCCUGCUUGGUGGCCAGGAGCUGGGGAGGGGGGGACAGGGCCCUGUCUUCCUGACGCCGGACUGUGGGACUCGUCCCCCUCUGAUGUGAUGUGGCGGGAUUUCUCCUGAGCACUGAGCUGGCGCUGUGGUCAGCACCGGAUGGCUCCCUUGAGACCCGUGCCCUGUCACCAGGGCACAGGUGCCUGCGGGGCUGCCGUGCAGCCAGGCCUGUCUCCGCGCGGAGCUCAGGGUCCCAGCAGACUUCAUGUAGAUGCAGACGCGCUCGAGCACCAGGCUGGCUGAGGAACAGACGGACCUGACCUGCAGCUCCUGGCAGGCAGCGACGAGGCAGACACCAGGGUUCCGAGUGGACUCCUUUCCCAGUUGGCAGCUGACCUCCCGGUGGGGCUGACAUGCCAGCUAUGCCAGCUCUGAGAGGUGUCCCUGGGAUCCCCCCGCUGAGCCCAGAGAAGGGGACGGAGGUGCUGGAGGACGUGGCGCGUCUCCUGGACAUGCCGGCGGGCAUCUUCUCGGACAUCGCGGUCUCGGGACCAACGGUGACCUUCAGGGUGCGCGCCAACCUCCAGAACGUGACAGCGGCGGACGCUGCGAAGGCGGCAGUUGACAACAAGGACCAACUGGAAAAAAUGUCUGGACUGAGAGUUCUUCAGACCGGAGUCGGCUCGAAAAGCAAACCCAAGCUUCUGCCUCACCAGGCAGAACGAGAGGACUCGACCAAGUUCAUCGUGCUCACUCUGGUCUCCAUCGUCGCCAUCGUGGCGGUCCUGCUGGCGUCCGGCGUCAUCUACUGCCUACGACACAGCUCUCAGUACAGGCUGAAGGAGAAGCUCUCGGGACCUGGGGGCGACCCGGACCCCGAUGCCACCAACGCCUACCAGGAGCUGUGCCGGCAGCGCAUGGCCGCGCGCCCGUCCGAGCGCCCGGAGACCGCGCACACGUCCCGCGUCAGCAGCGUGUCCUCCCAGUUCAGUGACGGGCCGAUGCCCAGCCCCUCCGCGCGGGGCAGCACCUCGUCCUGGUCGGAGGAGCCCGUGCAGCCCAACAUGGACAUCUCCACCGGCCACAUGGUCCUGGCCUACAUGGAGGACCACCUGAAGAACAAGAACCGCCUGGAGAAGGAGUGGGAGGCUCUGUGUGCCUACCAGGCCGAGCCCGACAGCUCGCUCGUGGCCCAGAGGGAGGAGAACGUGCCCAAGAACCGCUGCCCCGCAGUGCUCACCUACGACCACUCCCGGAUCCGGCUGAAAUCAGAGAACAGCCACGGCAGCUCUGACUACAUCAACGCCAGCCCCAUCAUGGACCACGACCCCAGGAAGCCCGCGUACAUCGCCACCCAAGGACCGCUGCCCGCAACCGUGGCCGACUUCUGGCAGAUGGUGUGGGAGAGCGGCUGUGUGGUCGUCGUCAUGCUCACCCCCCUCUCGGAGAACGGCGUCAGGCAGUGUUACCACUACUGGCCGGACGAGGGCUCCAACCUCUACCACGUCUACGAGGUGCAUCUGGUCUCUGAACACAUCUGGUGCGAGGAUUUCCUUGUGAGGAGCUUUUAUCUGAAGAACCUUCAAACCAACGAGACUCGCACGGUGACGCAGUUCCACUUCCUGAGCUGGUAUGACCAGGGAGUGCCUGCCUCCACGAGGUCCCUUCUGGAUUUCCGCAGAAAAGUAAACAAGUGCUACAGGGGCCGUUCUUGUCCAAUAAUUGUCCACUGCAGUGACGGCGCGGGCAGGAGCGGCACCUACAUCCUGAUCGACAUGGUUCUCAAUAAGAUGGCCAAAGGCGCUAAAGAGAUCGACAUUGCCGCGACGCUGGAGCACUUGAGGGACCAGAGGCCACGCAUGGUUCAGACAAAGGAGCAGUUCGAGUUUGCGCUGACGGCCGUGGCCGAGGAGGUGAACGCCAUCCUCAAAGCCUUUCCCCAUUUAUCACUGGAGACACCCGCGGCUUAUUGAGGAGUUAGGUGGACAGGAUGGUGACAUUCCGCAGCCUUGGGGCAGAUAAUAAGAAAGUCGUCCCAGCUCUUCGUUUGAUCCCGGCCGCUCAACAGCCUCCCCGCCCAGCACUGUCGACAGCCCCUCCCGGCCUUCCACCCCCGAGGAUGGGCAGGGCCGCUGGGGGCAAACACUUUCCCACCCAGAGUGCCUGCUUCCAGGCCAGCCACCGCAGGGACGCCUCUCCUGGGCAAGGUAGGGGGCGAGCCCCAAACUCCAGACACGGUUAUGAACUACAAAUAGGGAUUUACACAGACGCAGCUAAACGCUUCCCUGCAGGGCGACCAAAAUCAGAGGGGGUGCGGGGCAAAGCUGGGCACUCGGCCAGCUCCCGGCAGGCACCCAUGGUCCCCUUUCUGGGAAGGCUCGGGCCCUGCUGGCAUCCAGAGAAGACCAGGGGUGCUUUCACCGUGGGAGGAACGCAGGGAGACCCGCAUUUUUUUUGCUUUUUACCUAUGUGGGAUCAUAGCAGCUGGGGAAGAGGGAUGGCCCGGGCUCCCCCCAGGGCUCAGACUGUUCAUCUCUUUGCCUGCCCCCUUGCCUGAUGUCACGGAGACACACACAUCUAGCAACGAUCUGGAUUUGCCAAAAUACCACUUGAGCGCCAAAUGUACCACCCCCGCCCCGAAACAGAAUGCACUUCCUUAAACUGAAGACGUGUAAACAUCUGGGAAGGUGUGCAGGCGGCUCUGGGUGUCGCUGGUCUCGUUUUAGGGAACAAGACGCUCCCCGGUCACCCUGGUACCUCUGCUUCCCGUGCUGCCCACCGUUCUUUCCAUCUUAAAUAGGUGUUACAUCUCAGAAGACAGGAGAAUAGGGAAAGCAGCCGGCUGAAUGGGGAGAAAAAUGCCAAAAUGUUUGUGUCUUUAAAUGGUGUUGUCAUGUAUAUCUGCUUUAAUAUCUAUAAUUUCUUUCCCAACGUUGUUUCUCUCUAUGUGGAAUCUAAAUAAUUAAUAGAAACUAGUUUAUCUGAAUAUAGGAAGCAUAUACCUACUUGUAAUUUCUAACUUCUUAUGUUUCUUCGGUGUGAGAUAUAUAAAUAUAUUUAAUUGUGUCCAAUUAAACUUCUGAUUUCACAUUUGAAUGGUCAUUAUUUGGGAUGAGAGAGCAGUUUUUUCCCAUCCGUCCUGUUUCCUGAAGGUGCGGGCGUUUGGAUUCCUACAACAACGUGUGUAUAUUCCUUAGAACUCUAUACUGAGUUGCUAUUUUAUUUGCAUAGCUGGGUGUGUACAGGGGGGUGUCGAGUGUCGCUG